GUGAAAUUCCCGAGAACAUGCGUAACCUCAAUCUGUCGAGUUGUGGUGGUUUGUGGCUGGAAGGUCACAGCGUACGUCAUAUUUCUUUGGAUGACUGCUCUAAUAACAUCACUGUUUCUUUUGAGAGAAGUAUUGAGGUGAUUAGUAGCACGGGGAUAAAUACUUACCAUGCUCAAGGUACCCAACAAGAGAUACAUAGUUGUUUUGCGAUAUCUCCACCUGUAUACUUGGUUGCAUGUUCCAAUGAAAUAUUUCUUUGGCAUUCACUGAAUCACCAAAUUUAUGAAAAACUUGAUCUCAACACAGAAUUAAAAGCUAUACGUAUUUCUCCAGAUCUUUCAAAAACAGUUGUCAUAACUGGUGAUGGUUUUAUUCAUAUUCUUUCUUCAACUCUCGAAACUAUAUCCAACUUUUCACUGUACGAGGAAGGUUUCGGGUCGGCUCUGCCAGUUUCUCUAGGUUGGGGUAAGAAAGAAACUCAGUUUCAUGGCUCUGAAGGCAAGGAAGCAGCUUUAGCAAAACCGACUGUACCAGUCUCAAACACUCAAUAUGAUGAUGGUCGUUUUGAAAUUGCAUGGCGCGAUGAUGGUCUUUACUUCGCCGUAUCAUGGAUUGAUCCAUUAACAGAGAAUCGUAGACGUAUACGCGUCUACAAUGAUACUGGUGAAUUGUUUUCAACAACUGAAUUAACGAAUAUGAUUUCUCCAGGACUUUGUUGGAGACCUCGUGUUCAAUUAAUCACAACGGCUCAACGUCGAGAAGGUCGUGGAUUGGAUAUCAUAUUUUUUGAAUCGAACUCCCAACGUCAUGGAGAAUUCGAACUGAUCGGUGAUGAAUCUGAAAAGUUUUACCAAGUGGAAUCUAUUAUGUUUAAUCCGACCGGUUCAAUUUUGGCAGUACUGUGUAGUGGAACUCAAAACCAUCCGUGGUUUAUUCGACUACUAACUUGCUCUAAUUACCAAUGGUCAAUAAAACAACAUUUCUGUAUAGCUGACAAUUCAUUAAACGAUAGUCAAAUUUCCAAUAUAUCAUUAACAUGGGAUCAUCAUGCUUACAGUGCAGAUUUGUCAGCUCUUUAUUGUGCUAUAUCAAUUAAUGAGUCGUUGCCUAAUGAUAAUCAAGUUAACAGUAAGACGUUAUUGCAAUGCUGGAAAAUGAAUAACGUUUAUAAUUCAUCGUGCAUAUUAACAAAUUCUAAUGUAAAUACAAUAACAUCAUUAAAUUCUGGUCUUGUUGCAGUAAUCAAUGGAAAUACCGUCGAGAUGAGUUGUUUUGCUUAUUCAGUUAUUCCACCUCCAAUGUUUGCAACACGACUGGUAUUUUAUUCAAAUGGUGUAAAUCAAUCUAAUAAGACACAGUGUAAUUUCACUCCAUCUGUUUCAUCUGUAUCUAUUCCUAGUUUAUGGUUGGGAAAUGAAUCGGAUUCGCCAAACAAUGUUAUGCCUAUAUUAAUUCAAACAGUCGACUGUCAGUCAUCCAAAAAUGUAUUUCCAAAUACGUAUUUUAUUACUAUCACAAAUGGAACCUCUUUAGAGAAGGAGUCAUUUUGUAAUGGUGAGGUGUACUCUGAAUGGCAUAAUGGAGGGAAAAAUAUUGCACCUUGGCCAAAGACUGUUGUUAAAAUCGAUAUGGAUAGACUGUUCAUUGAAUGCAACGGCAAUGACGAAUCAUUGAAUUCUUUAAUCUUAACUGAGUUAAAACAGAAGAACACUUGUUUAUUUAGUCCAUUGAGUUGUUUCGCCUGGUUAAGUCUUUAUGAAGUAUUAUUUAUUGGUGCGGAUGGUCUACUAUUAGGUUAUUUGAACAUGAAAAAUCUAUAUGCUAGUGAUGAUGAUUCCGAUGGUAAUGCAAAUGGACGCUGGUUACUCAGAGCGUCUUCAUCUGCUCAGGAAUUUAAAACACUCUUGGAAAGAAACAACAGUAAAUUUGCCAGAAUAACUACUAUUUGUUGUACUAUUGAUAGACGUGUUUGUGUUCAAAUGUCCAAUGGUACUGUUUACAUUUAUUCUGUUCAAGAUAUACUAAAUAACAAUUAUUGUUAUGAAAUUCUACAAAUGGAUGAAUUCAACAUUGAUAAUUUACAUUCUUAUAAUCCAUUAAAUUGUAUAAUACAAUUUCCAUCUAAUUGUGAACAAUUAUUAUGUAUACCAGUAUUUGAUGAAUACAAUUAUAAUAUUAUCCAAUUGAAUUCAUCAAUCAUAACAGUUAAUUAUUCUGCUUUAAUUUUAUUUGGUUUUAAUAAAUCAACACAUUGUUUAUUCGCUGCUGUUUUACCAAAACAACAUAAUACUGGACAUUUUCAACAAAAUAAUAUUAUUGCAUUAAAUAUUACAGAUUCCUGCUCUUCAUUAAUUGGAUUAUCAGAAUUUUUAAUUGUAACUAAUGUAAAAAAAUUGUUAAUAUGUGUUUCAUUAGUAUUUAAUGUAUCACAAAUUAAUGAUCCAAAUAGUCUUUUAAAAGAAUUACUUUCACGAUUGAAUAUUCCUUCUGAAUUGGACGCCAGUACACGUAAACCACCGCGUAACUGGUAUAAUGAUAAUUUACAUCCAAUCGAAUCAGGUGCAAUCAUUGUAACAGCGAUACCAAAUGAUACCAAAGUCAUACUACAAAUGCCACGUGGGAAUUUGGAAGAAAUUCAUCCUCGUGCUCUUGUACUGGCACAUUUAUCCAAAUUACUUAAUAAUAAACAAUAUGAACAAGCUGUUAAAAUGAUGCGUCGUCAUCGGAUCAAUUUCAAUUUAUUACAUGAUUAUAACCCUAAUUUAUUUCUAUCAAAUGUCAAACAAUUCUUACAAUCAAUUGACGAUCCUGAUUUGAUCACAUUAUUUAUAUCUGAUCUUGUUGAGGAAGAUGUAACAGAAACAAUUUAUCAUAAAUUUUAUUCCAAAUCUUCCGAGCGCCAUCGAUCAACUCUAAAAACAUCUAAGCUUGACCGAAUAACUGAUAUUCUUAUUGAUAAAAUGGAGAAGCAUAAUCCAACCAAAUUGAUUGUGCCAAUUAUAACUUGUUAUGCAAAAAAGGUCCCACCAAACUAUGAAGCUGGCUUACUAAGAUUAAAACUUUUACAUGAAAAUGGAGAUAUAAAUACAUGGAAUAAUGGAUUACGUCAUUUACAAUAUUUCGCUACACCAAUUGAAUUGUAUAAAGUUGCAUUAGGUACAUAUGAUUUAAAUUUUGCUACAAUAAUGGCACAACGUACACAACUAGAUCCAAAAGAAUAUUUAGCUGAAUUAAACGAAUUAAAUUCUAUAACAAAUGACUUGAAAAAAUAUCAAUGUGAUACCAUGGAAGAGGCUAUAGCAUAUCAACAAUUUAAAAUUGAUCAUAGCUUGAAAAAAUAUUCAAAAGCUGUUCUACAUUUGAUUGAUUCCGGUUCUAAACACAAAGCGGAACUAUUAUCCUAUGUGAAAGCAUAUCAUUUAUAUGCACAAGUGACUGAAGUAAUACCACAAAAUUCUGAAGAAUUCAAGAUUAUUUGUCAACUAUGGGCGGAUUAUUUAAUUUCUUCACAAAAUUUAAGUUAUGCUGGUCAGAUUUACAUGAAAGGUGGAUUUUAUGGUUUAGCUGCCAAAACGUUCUUAUCUGUUACUAAUACCCAACUCUGGUGUAUUGCCGCUUCGAACAGUCGACUAUUGAAUGAUAAAAAUAAUACUGAUUUAUCUACUGAUCACUAUUUAAGUAACGCAGAAAUACGUACACAAGCACAAAAGUUGGCAGCUCGAUUGAAAGAUCUUCAACGUCAUCAAGAAGCUAUUCAAAUCUAUAUUGACUUUUUAGAGGAUCCUGUAAUGGCCAUCAGAACAGCUUGUGAAGAUUGCCUGUGGAUGGAUGCUCAUCGAUUGGUAAUGCUUCAUAUUUUAUUGAAUAACAUGUUUUUGUUGUAUAAAAUGGUACAAUUUAUUUAUAAAAUACUGAAAUAUCAUGCAUAAACAACAUAGAACCUAGCAGUAUACACGAAUCAGUUCACUUUGUCACACUGUAAUAACACCGUCAGAUGAGAUUAUCAAGAUAAAUCCCAGGAUACUAAAAGUAGUAACAACAGUAUCAGUCGUCGUAGGAAAUUUUAUCCACAGACAAUAUGAUUUGAGAACAAAUAAUUGAAUUGAUAGGAUAAAAAGUAUGAGCUCAAUUUAAAACUCAAAUAUAAGAGAAUAUUAAGAGUAAACGCAUCUAGGUCAUUGGAAUUGAUUCUAAGCUAUCCAACGUCUAACCGUUGGUUACUGUAAUCUCGAGGACCUCAACCAAUUAAUCUGGACCUACCUGCACGACUGAGUCCAACAGUCAAUGACUUAAUGUUUUAGCCACUCUUAGCUUUAUCUCAUCCUACUCUUACACAAGUCAUCAUAGCGCGUUGAAGUCAACAGUGGUUAGGCAUAAGUAAUGCAUAUUGUAAUCACCCCAGUUGAUCAAAAUUCACCAUCUCCAGUAAAUCCGACAUACUCACC